ACUACGAAGAAAAAGUGCAUGGCGCGGAGCAACAUCAGUUGGUACCGCGCGCAAGUGUAGUUGAGCUUAUUAAAAAGUUAGUAGAAAUGAUUGAGAGUCAAACGAACACAAAGAUGCGCGAGGAUGUCUAUGUUGGGAUUGCAGUAAAAUUGAUUAAAGUGGAAGCAGAAUGAAAGCUUGUUCCGGUAUGCAUGUAUAACCUACGACCAGUUCGCUGUAACUUCGUGCUUGAAAACAUCAACUAUAAACAUUUGACUUCGCUGUUGACUGGAAGCCAAAUACACGACACUUGAUGUAACCGUAGCAGUACCGUAGCGCAGCCGUUGGAAUCAUGCCGAGGCACGUCGUCUGUGCUUUCUGCCAGGUGACAGUAUAUACCACCUGCAAGCACACCGGCAUGUGACCUUGGAUAGUCUCUGGCGGCAUAACAAUCGAACGGCACCACGUUCAUAGUUCGACACAGUGACAACAGGGCCACGAUUGGACAAAGGUAUAAAAUGUCCCCUUAGCCUCUUUGGUUCCGUCAGUCGUUUUGACGGUCAAGUUCAGCACAGUUUUGUGAUAGAAGGUAGUGCACACAUAUAGUCAUAUCAUGAGGAUCGUUUUGGCGCUAGUGUUUGUCCUAGUGGCACUGGCCAUGGUGGAUGCAAAGUGCAACAAGUGUAACCGCAACGAAUGCGAAUGCCAGUUGGAAAUUGUCCGUGGUCCACCACCUCAACCGUUUCCGUUUUAUAAGAAGAAAAAAUGCAACGUGACUAAGCCACUUGAAUUUAAACCAAAGCCGGAUGUUUGUUCGUGUGAGCAGGAAUAUCGCAUUCGUCCAUUAGCUCCGGAUCAUGUUGAGCCUAAGUUUGCAAAAUCCAGAUCAUGUGAAUGCGGCUUUGAACAUCAUCCAGAUCAACCGAAACGCAAAUAUCCUGCCGACAUAAUAAGCUAUCAGCUGGCAAAGGAGUAUGCAAAAAUAAACAAUGUUAAUGAAGCAGGCUUGUAUGUGCAUGCUCAGCCUAUGAAGCCUGCACCCGCACCCAAGCACGAAGGUAUCCCGGAGGAACGGAUGUACAAAGCCAACAUGCAUGUACUGGAACUCAAGCCACACAAGCGUAAGCGUUUUAACUGUCGCAUUUGUUCGUCGGAAGAAGAAGAGGGAGCACCGUGUAAUCCGAAGCAUCAGAACUAUUUCGACAUCUGCUACGGCAAGGUCGAAAAUAAGGAUCCCAAGUUCAACGUAGUAAAGCAGGAUGCACCGGUGUGUGAUCGUUGUCAGGAUCGAUCCAGCACUGAGGAAGUUGAAAGCACGGAAGAGGAUUAUUCUCCAGAACAGCCGACGAAGCACUGCUCGAAGUGUUCGAAACUGAAGAAGAAAUGUGACUGCCCCUCGCAUAUGGAAAGCUACGAGCCCGAGAGCGAGGAAUAUGAUUAUCCAUUUGCAAAAAAGUAUUUCCGCAAAACACGCUCAUCUGAUGAUCCAGAGCCCGCGCUUGUGGUCUAGUACGCUGCCAUGAAUGAUUAUGACGUGUAUAGUUUGGUGGUCUCAGUUGUGAUAUACUAGUAUAA